AUGGCUGCUCGAGACUUCAAGGACCUUCUUCAGCAGUUACCACAUGGUGCAGUGAACAAGGAAGAAGAGGUCGCCACAUCACCAGAAGCUCGUUUCCAUGUCGGGAAAUCUCAAAAUUUUCCCAAGAAUAUUCCGUUGUUUCUUCAAAGGCAUUCUGGAGAUCCUGCUGUGAAAUAUUUUUUACCCAAUCUUCAGCGUUUUCUCCUUCACAAAAUCAAGGAGAUCUUAAUCAGGGAAAAUGGCCUUCUACACACCACCGCCGUCCCAGGAGCUGCACCAGCAUUCUCAGACUCAAGCAGCCGUGUUUUUAUUGAGGCUGAUCGCAUGUACCGACACAACUUGAUGUGUUUCAACUACACGACAUACAAUGCUAGCGGCCUGACUGAUUCUGAUGAUUCAACUGCUAGAAAACAACAUCUGUAUCUUUAUGCUCAUGUGCUUGGCAUUUAUCAUGCUAAUGUCACUUAUGUUGGUCCUGGAAUGGUUGAUUAUCGCUCGUACCGAAUCGACUUCCUGUGGGUACGCUGGUAUCAAUAUGUGGACGAACACACCAUGUCUUUAGAUUGUGUCUGUUUUCCCCCUAUGGCAGAACCAGAUGCCUUUGGGUUUGUUGACCCCAAUGAUGUCCUUAGGGGAUGUCAUAUCAUUCCGCAUUUCGCUCAGGGCCAGUGGCAUCUGGACAGCAUGGGUAUUUCUCAUUGUGCUAAAGAUGAGUCAGAUUGGUGGUUCUAUUAUACCAAUCGUUUUGUAGACUGCGACAUGUUCAUGCAGUAUCAUUGGGGUUUAGGUGUCGGGCACACCUACUCUCAUACUGGUCACAAAGCUGCCGACACAAAUGCAGAUGUGGGAGAUUCUGAAGACGAAGAAGAUGAAGAAGAAUGUUGUGAUCAAGAUCCCAGUAUGUCUAAUUCGGAUUCGGGAUCUGAUUCAGAUGAAAGCUGGGACAAUGAUGAUGAGUACGAUACCCGUGACUAUGAGGUCUAG